AUGCAGCUGGUGCCAUCAGUUGAAGGCUUGCGUCGGGUGUCUCGCGGCUCUGCUCUCGAAACUCCUUCUCCUGUUGCUGCUGCUCCUGCUGCUGCUGCUGCUGAUGAUGCGGAGCAGACAGAAGAAGACAGGUCUGCUGAUUCCUUUCCUGUCUCCACUAAGUCUUCAACUGUCUCCGCAUCUCCUCACAACGUUGGCCCCCAACCAACAAACACCGAAAAUGAGGAAUUGACCAGCAGCAGCAGCAGCAGCAGCAACAGCAGCAGCAGCAACUCGCUGCUGCAGCAGCUGCGGCCGCACAAUCCCAAAGAAGCUGAAGUAGCAGCAGCAGCAGGAGCAGCAGGAGCAGCAGGAAUUGGAGAGAAAGGUAAAGCAUUUUCUUUCUUUUUUGAUGAUGAUGAUGGUGAUGAUGAAGAUGAAGACUCCAGCGACUCAGAAGACGAAUAUAGAAGGUCAAACAGAAGCAGCAGUAGAAAGCAAAAAUCAACCAAAGACAAACUCUCUAAAAGAGCUGCAGACGCCGGCAAACGCUUAGGCGAAAUGUCUGUAGAAAACCGACCUGAAAAGAGAUCAUUUGACGACCUGGGCAAGGACACCUCUUGGUUUAAUAGAAGCCUAGAGAGAGACUCUGAUGAAGCUCCACAAAGAAAUCGGCUGUCUAUAACAAGCGAUGACGAUGUAUAUCAACAAGCCACUGACACCAUACCAGGAAUCGGCUAUAACCUUAUACGAGGGAACCCAUUAGGAGAUGACCAUACACCUGGAGACCCCGGCUUUCGAGCUCCAUGCAUUGCUUUUGAAUGGGGGCAUGAUAAAGAAGGAAUAUCUGCAGAUUUAACUACGCUUCAACCUAAAGGAGGCUAUGUUAGAUCUUAUGUCUCCUGCCAGUCUGCAGAGACAGUAGAAGAAAUAGAAAAUAUGGAGGACUAUGUUUCAGAGCUCUCCGCAGAUGCACAGAUAGACGGAGUAGUGCCUUAUUUACCUUUUAGUGGGAGUGCAAACUUUAAAAAGAUCGCAGAAGAAAACUCAAAAAGACAAACAAGAACAUUCAUGAUGAGAGCUUAUUGUUUUAGAUAUGAAGCUGGUCUUGCUUCUAUUGGAUUAACAGAUAGCAAGCCAACGGAUGCGUUUAGAAGAGCAGUAGAAAAUCUUCCUGCAAGCUUCCCAAGUACUCCAGAAGGGAGACACUGCACUCCUGAAGUAUAUAAGAAUAAUUCUCAAGCAUUCGGGUGUACAGACAAUGGAAUUACGCAGUGGAUACGUUUCUUCUCUGACUUUGGUACUCAUGUAACUACAAAUGUUAAACUCGGAGGGAAGAUAACAAAACAAAUUAGGGUUUCGAAGGAAUUAGUAAGUGCGCUUGCAAACAAAAGCAAAAAAGGAAGUGCAUCAGCAGAUAUCAACGUAAUGAACGUCUUCAGUGUGGACGGUUCUGCUGGGAGUCUAUCAUCUAUCUUGGCCUCUGGGGGAUCAUAUGGUGUAACAACAACGACAUUUGUAGUCGGUGGAAUACCCCCAAAAGACCCUUCAAAUCCUGAAGAACUUUCACGAUGGGAACAGUCCGUUGCAGACCUCCCAAUGCCGGUGCAGUAUCAACUAGAGUCUUUGGUGCGCAUGCUUCCUGAAGAGUUGCACCAAGCGUAUAGAGAUGCCACAGCAUUUUAUUCAAGAGUUUUCGGUGUCUCUAAAGAAGACCUUGAAGCAUUUGACGGGUCCUCUGUACCUCUCCCAGACUCCAGGAACGAAGCACCGGAGUUGUUUAUGCUGGCAGCUGCCCUGGCUUUGUUGACUGUCCAGAAGAGUGAAUGUCGCAUUUGGGCUGUCUGCUCUGCAAAUCAAAUUUCUUCAGUGGAUGCAUACACCUCAGUGGACCCCCCUCCUGAAGUAACUGUGGGGUGUAGCCAAGACAAGGAGGUUCUCCUUGGGUUUCGAAUGAGCUUUACGUUUGCAAGUGACGUACUUGCAAGCAUUACUGUAAACCACUGCUCACCAGGGCUUAAAGAUAUCUUUGUUGCUUCAAGCGCUAGCAAAAUAAACAACACGGAGACAGUAGACCCGAAGGAGACAGCAGCAGCAGACUGCGGAGUAAAUGCAGCAAAUGCUGCGGGAUUUGCUCUGCAGCUGCAAACGCUCAUGGGGUUAUGCCGCUCUGGUUUUAACACAUGUUCACCUCAUCGACGUUACUGCGCUUUAGAGAAAUAUGUUAUUCCUUCAUCUGCAGAUAUAGCAAAGACAAAAAUUAAAAAUCCUAAUCAAACGCUGCAGCACGGCUCUCUAGCGAUUUCUAUUUGUGCAUUAAAACAAACAAACGAUAAAAAUAAUAAUACAAAAAUAACAAACAAUAAUGAAACCAACAAAAAUAAUACUAAUGGAGGAGUAAAUGCUGUUGCGGGUUCUGCUGCUGCAGCUGCUGAAUCAGCAGCAGCAGCAGCAGCAGAAGCAGCUACUGGUGCUGAUCCUGCUGCUGGAGCAGCAGCAGCAGCAACUACUGCUGCUGCUGAUCCUGCUGAUGAUGCAGCAGCUGCUGAUGCAGAUGGGGCUUCUUCAUUAAAAAGGAGUAAAGAUAAAAAAGAGAAACAAAUAAGUAUUAAGAAGACAUUCGAGUAA